CGAAAUCAACCGUGUAAGUUGUGAAACCAAAGUCACAGUUCUAUUUGGGUAAAAAUUAAUUUUUUUUAAUCUAGCUAGAGAGGAUAAAAAACACUUCUAACAGCACCAUUGUACAGAAAAACUCACAUCCCUCCAAAUCUGAAGGCCUCUUGCUCAAUGCCAACCCUGAAAUAAAAAGGCCACUCCCAGCCACUGAUAAUAUUAAAUCCUAGAGAAUUACCUAGGAUCCUUGCAGCUGUGCAAGCUCCUAUUUUGUAGGAGUGGAAGCCAAGAAGCUAGUGGGAAAUGUGAAGGAUUUUCACUGACAGCAGUCUUUUGUAGGAAGGCAAGGAGAGGAUAAACUCAUCACCCUCAGAAAGACUUUAUAGGCCCAAGGCAUUUGCAUUAACCAUCGUGGUCUCAGAGUUGAUUGGUCUUCCCAGGGAUUGACUUAGGAAAGACCAUAAUCUGAUCUUGGAAAGGUAUGUAUGUUCAGCUGGGUACAAGUCCAAGGAGAUGUGGCCUAUGAGUGUUCAGCGCAGCCUCUGAAGUGCUCUUCCCUCAUCAACAUCAGGGACCAAAUGGCAUGGAGCCUUGUUAUGAUCAAACAUUUAAUAAGUGCCUACCUGAGGAGACGGAGACCACUGGUCUAAUGGAAGAAGAGGAGGAAAUCCCUGCACUUGAGGAGGGGGAGUCGUGUGAAAUGAAAGAGGAUGAGGAAGUCACUCUACCUGAGAGGAAGGCUUGUGAAAUGAAGAAUCAGGAAGAAGCCCUAUCCUCUGAGCCUAAUGAAAAAGCAGAGACCUUUCAAUCAGUGGAAGAGGAAGAACCAAUAAGGAUGUUUCCCCCUCCGACUGCCCUUGUGCCUCAUAAUGUGUUUCCCCCUCCAACUGCCCUUGCCUCUCACAAUGUGUUUCCCCCUCCGACUGCCCUUGCCCCUCACAACGUGUUCCCCCCUCCGACUGCCCUUGCCCCUCACAAUGUGUUUCCCCCGCCAAAUGGAUUUCCUAAUCAAACUGUAUUUCCUCCUCCAAGAGGGUUUCCUCUUCAAUACUCAUUUCCUUCUUAAAUUUUGUCUCUUCCUCAAACCCCUUUACUGUAGGAAAGUAUUUACUCUGAUAUGCUCUCAUGCCUUGGCUUUCUGUGGCAUUUAAUAAUUUAGGUUAAAAGCAAAACUAAAUUCAGUCAGAAUUGUAUUUUCUAUAUUAGAGU